AUUUUCAGACUUGUACAUGUGUGUCUGCUUGGAGCGACAGACCAGUGUGUGUCUGUGCUUGGAGGGGACAGUCACAGCACACUGAAAACACUGCAGUCAAGAGUCACAGACAGGAGUAGUAUGACUUACUACAGCAAUAAGACCAGCUAUUUACUUUGAUAUCAUUAUAAGAACUGAACGGGCAAUUCUCUCUCGUUGUGUCACUCAGACUGAAGACAGAGAUACAUGUUUAUCGUUUACGAGGACGUAUCGACCCUCAAUGAGGACAUUGGGCAUGGCCGUUUUCAAGCAACAGAGAGUAGAGGACUUCUAUGAGAUUGGUGAAGAGCUGGGGAGUGGCCAGUUUGCCAUCGUGAAGCGUGUCCGGGACAAGUGCUCGGGUCUGGAGUAUGCUGCCAAGUUCGUGAAGAAGUGUCAGAGCCGGGCCAGCAGGAGGGGAGUGAGGAGGGAAGACAUAGAGAGAGAGGUGGACAUCCUACAGCUGGUCACACAUCCCAACAUUGUAGCGUUGCAUGAUGUCUACGAGACCCGCACUGACGUGGUGCUCAUACUGGAACUGGUGUCUGGAGGAGAGCUGUUUGACUUCCUGGCUCAGAAGGAGUCUCUGAGCGAAGAGGAAGCUACCCAGUUCAUCAAACAGAUCCUGAACGGAGUCCAGUUCCUCCAUGGCAAGAGGAUUGCACACUUUGACCUCAAGCCUGAGAACAUCAUGCUGUUGGAUAAGAAUGUUGAUGUGCCGCGCAUCAAGCUCAUAGACUUUGGUCUGGCUCAUAAGAUGGAUCAGGUUGGGACGGACUUUAAAAAGAUCUUUGGAACACCUGAAUUUGUGGCUCCAGAAGUCGUCAACUAUGAGCCUCUGGGUUUAGAAGCAGACAUGUGGAGCAUCGGAGUCAUCACCUACAUACUUUUGAGUGGAGCGUCGCCGUUCCUUGGCGACUCGAAGCAGGAGACUCUAGGGAACAUCUCAGCCGUAGCCUACGAGUUCGACGACGAGUUGUUCAGCAGGACCAGUGAGCUGGCCAAAAGCUUUAUACGACAACUACUGGAGAAAGACACCAGAAAACGGUUGACAAUCCAUGGUGCUCUGAACCAUCCCUGGAUACAGCCGUUGGACUCCAGACAGGCCCUGGUAAAGAGACAGUCUGUGGUCAACCUGGAGAACUUCAGGAGACAAUACGCUCGACGCAGGUGGAAGCUUUCCUUCAGAAUUGUGUCUCUCUGUAACCAUUUAACUCGUAUGAUGAAGAAAGGUCAUCCCAAGCUGGCAGCCCAGGACGAGAGGGACUGUGAGAGCGACCAGGAGACGGAGAUGAUCAUGAAGAAAAGACCCAGAACCAGGAAGAGAAGCAACACUUCCUGAAACCUGCCUAUCUUUUCUGAUUUGUUGAAUGUGUGUCUGUAGCACACAUGAUUGGUCCAAAAGCAGCCACAGAGACUAAUUCAAAAACUGCUGUCCAUACAAUGUCUUUUAUAUGUUGCACAGCAUUCUAAAAACACAUUUUCUGGGGCGAUAGAUGAAACACGUUGAUAGUGUUUCCUAUGGAGGGAUUUCUGCGCCAACAGAAAUGGUAUUUGAAUCCCUGCCUUCUGUAAAGCUAUCUAGAUUGUAGAAAUGUACAUGUGAUAGGGGACAGGUUAGGGUUACAGGUUAGGAUAGGGGACAGGAUAGGGGACAGGAUAGGGUACAGGAUAGGGUACAGGUUAGGGUAUAGGUUAGGAUAGGGGACAGGAUAGGGUACAGGAUAGGGGACAGGUUAGGGUACAGGAUAGGGGACAGGAUAGGGGACAGGAUAGGGUACAGGUUAGGGUACAGGUUAGGAUAGGGUACAGGUUAGGGUACAGGUUAGGCUACAGGUUAGGAUAGGGUACAGGUUAGGGUUACAGGUUAGGAUAGGGGACAGGAUAGGGUACAGGUUAGGAAAGGGGACAGGAUAGGGUACAGGUUAGGAUAGGGUACAGGUUAGGAUUGGGUACAGGUUAGGGUUACAGGUUAGGAUAGGGUACAGGUUAGGGUUACAGGUUAGGAUAGGGGACAGGGUAGGGUACAGGUUAGGGUACAGGAUAGGGUACAGGUUAGGAUAGGGGACAGGUUAGGGUACAGGAUAGGGGACAGGAUAGGGGACAGGAUAGGGUACAGGUUAUGGUACAGGUUAGGAUAGGGUACAGGUUAGGGUACAGGUUAGGAUAGGGGACAGGAUAGGGUACAGGUUAGGAAAGGGGACAGGAUAGGGUACAGGUUAGGGUACAGGUUAGGAUAGGGUACAGGUUAGGGUACAGGUUAGGAUUGGGUACAGGUUAGGGUUACAGGUUAGGAUAGGGUACAGGAUAGGGGACAGGGUAGGGUACAGGUUAGGAUAGGGGACAGGGUAGGGUACAGGUUAGGAUAGGGUACAGGUUAGGGUUACAGGUUAGGAUAGGGUACAGGUUAGGAUAGGGUACAGGUUAGGGUUACAGGUUAGGAUAGGGUACAGAUUAGGGUUACAGGUUAGGAUAGGGUACAGGUUAGGGUUACAGGUUAGGAGAGGGUACAGGUUAGGAUAGGGUACAGGUUAGGGUUACAGGUUAGGAUAGGGUACAGGUUAGGAUAGGGUACAGGUUAGAGUUACAGGUUAGGAUAGGGGACAGGGUAGGGUACAGGUUAGGAUAAGGGACAGGUUAGGGUUAUAGUGGACAGGUUAGGGUUAUAGUGAACAGGUUAGGGUUAUAGUGGACAGGUUAGGGUUACAGUGGACAGGUUAGGGUUACAGGUUAGGAUAGGGGACAGGUUAGGGUUACAGUGGACAGGUUAGGGUUAUAGUGGACAGGUUAGGCUUACAGGUUAGGAUAGGGGACAGGUUAGGGUUACAGUGGACAGGUUAGGGUUAGGGUUACAGUGGACAGGUUAGGAUUACAGUGGACAGGUUAGGAUAGGGGACAGGUUAGGGUUACAGUGGACAGGUUAGGGUUACAGUGGACAGGUUAGGGUUAUAGUGGACAGGUUGGGGUUACAGUGGACAGGUUAGGGUUACAGUGGACAGGUUAGGGUUACAGUGGACAGGUUGGGGUUACAGUGGACUGGUUGGGGUUACAGUGGACAGGUUAGGGUUACAGUGGACAGGUUAGGGUUAUAGUGGACAGGUUAGGGUUACAGUGGACAGGUUAGGGUUAAAGUGGACAGGUUGGGGUUACAGUAGACAGGUUAGGGUUACAGUGGACAGGUUAGGGUUACAGUGGACAGGUUGGGUUACAGUGGACAGGUUAGGGUUACAGUGGACAGGUUAGGGUUACAGUGGACAGGUUGGGUUUACAGUGGACAGGUUAGGGUUACAGUGGACAGGUUAGGGUUACAGGUUAGGAUAGGGGACAGGUUAGGGUUACAGUGGACAGGUUAGGGUUACAGUGGACAGGUUAGGGUUACAGUGGACAGGUUAGGGUUACAGUGGACAGGUUAGGGUUACAGUGGACAGGUUACAGUGGACAGGUUAGGGUUAUAGUGGACAUGUUAGGGUUAUAGUGGACAGGUUAGGGUUAGGGUUACAGUGGACAGGUUAGGGUUACAGUGGACAUGUUAGGUUUACAGUGGACAGGUUAUGGUUACAGUGGACAGGUUAGGGUUACAGUGGACAGGUUAGGGUUACAGUGGACCUGUUAGGGUUACAGUGGACAGGUUAGGGUUACAGUGGACAGGUUAGGUUUACAGUGGACAGGUUAGGGUUACAGUGGACAGGUUAGGGUUACAGUGGACAGGUUAGGGUUACAGUGAACAGGUUGGGGUUACAGUGGACAGGUUAGGGUUAGGGUUACAGUGGACAGGUUAGGGUUACAGUGGACAGGUUAGGGUUACAGUGAACAGGUUAGGGUUAGGGUAAUAGUGGACAGGUUAGGGUUACAGUGGACAGGUUAGGGUUAUAGUGGACAGGUUAGGGUUACAGUGGACAGGUUAGGGUUACAGUGGACAGGUUAGGGUUAGGGUUACAGUGGACAGGUUAGGGUUAGGGUUACAGUGGACAGGUUAGGGUUACAGUGGACAGGUUAGGGUAUAUGUUGGGGUGCAGGUUAGGGUUACAGUGGACAGGUUAGGGUUACAGUGGACAGGUUAGGGUUACAGUGGACAGGUUAGGGUUACAGUGGACAGGUUAGGGUUACAGUGGACAGGUUAGGGUAUAUGUUGGGGUGCAGGUUAGGGUUACAGUGGACAGGUUAGGGUUACAGUGGACAGGUCAGGGUUACAGUGGACAGGUUAGGGUUACAGUGGACAGGUUAGGGUUACAGUGGACAGGUUAGGGUAUAUGUUGGGGUGCAGGUUAGGGUUACAGUGGACAGGUUAGGGUUACAGUGGACAGGUUAGGGUUACAGUGGACAGGUUAGGGUUACAGUGGACAGGUUAGGGUUACAGUGGACAGGUUAGGGUUACAGUGGACAGGUUAGGGUUACAGUGGACAGGUUAGGGUAUAUGUUGGGGUGCAGGUUAGGGUUACAGUGGACAGGUUAGGGUAUAUGUUGGGGUGCAGGUUAGGGUUACAGUGGACAGGUUAGGGUUACAGUGGACAGGUUAGGGUUACAGUGGACAGGUUGGGGUUACAGUAGACAGGUUAGGGUUACAGUGGACAGGUUGGGGUUACAGUAGACAGGUUAGGGUUACAGUGGACAGGUUAGGGUUACAGUGGACAGGUUAGGGUUACAGUGGACAGGUUAGGGUUACAGUGGACAGGUUAGGGUUACAGUGGACAGGUUAGGGUUACAGUGGACAGGUUAGGGUGGACAGUGGACAGGUUAGGGUUACAGUGGACAGGUUAGGGUAUAUGUUGGGGUGCAGGUUAGGGUUACAGUGGACAGGUUAGGGUUACAGUGGACAGGUUAGGGUUACAGUGGACAGGUUAGGGUUACAGUGGACAGGUUAGGGUUACAGUGGACAGGUUAGGGUUACAGUGGACAGGUUAGGGUAUAUGUUGGGGUGCAGGUUAGGGUUACAGUGGACAGGUUAGGGUUACAGUGGACAGGUUAGGGUUACAGUGGACAGGUUAGGGUUACAGUGGACAGGUUAGGGUUACAGUGGACAGGUUAGGGUUACAGUGGACAGGUUAGGGUAUAUGUUGGGGUGCAGGUUAGGGUUACAGUGGACAGGUUAGGGUAUAUGUUGGGGUGCAGGUUAGGGUUACAGUGGACAGGUUAGGGUUACAGUGGACAGGUUAGGGUUACAGUGGACAGGUUGGGGUUACAGUAGACAGGUUAGGGUUACAGUGGACAGGUUAGGGUUACAGUGGACAGGUUAGGGUAUAUGUUGGGGUGCAGGUUAGGGUUACAGUGGACAGGUUAGGGUUACAGUGGACAGGUUAGGGUUACAGUGGACAGGUUGGGGUUACAGUAGACAGGUUAGGGUUACAGUGGACAGGUUAGGGUUACAGUGGACAGGUUAGGGUUACAGUGGACAGGUUAGGGUUAUGUGGACAGGUUAGGGUAUAUGUUGGGGUGCAGGUUAGGGUUACAGUGGACAGGUUAGGGUUACAGUGGACAGGUUAGGGUUACAGUGGACAGGUUAGGGUUACAGUGGACAGGUUAGGGUUACAGUGGACAGGUUAGGGUUACAGUGGACAGGUUAGGGUUACAGUGGACAGGUUAGGUUUACAGUGGACAGGUUAGGGUUACAGUGGACAGGUUAGGGUUACAGUGGACAGGUUAGGGUUACAGUGGACAGGUUAGGGUUAUGUUGGACAGGUUAGG